AUGUCGGUCCCCUCAGGGAGUCUCGGAUUUAAACUCAGAGCAAAGCACACUGCCAUCCUAAUAUUAAGGCUCUUCAUAGUAGAGCCAAAUGUAUCUCUCUAUUCUGAUAUUUGUGUGUUCCUGCUGUUGCCGAAAACCCAGCCUCUGUUCACUGGUGCCAAACAGAAACGCAGAGACAGCUUUGGAGGAGCAGAAGAGAGUAGCUCUAUUGCUUUGCCAGGCAAAGGGGGCCACAGCAGGGUGAUUCUCAUUUUGACAAAGCUCUAUGACUAUAACCUGGGGAGCAUCACGGAGAGCUCGCUUUGGAGGUCAACCGAUUAUGGGACAACCUAUGAGAAGCUGAAUGAUAAAGUUGGGUUGAAAACAAUUUUAAGCUAUCUCUACGUGUGUCCUACCAACAAGCGUAAGAUUAUGUUGCUCACAGACCCGGAGAUUGAGAGCAGUUUACUGAUCAGCUCGGACGAAGGGGCAACCUAUCAAAAGUACCGGCUGAACUUUUACAUCCAGAGCUUACUUUUCCACCCCAAGCAAGAGGACUGGAUUCUGGCAUACAGCCAAGACCAAAAGUUAUACAGCUCUGCUGAAUUUGGGAGAAGGUGGCAGCUUAUCCAGGAAGGGGUCGUACCGAACAGGUUCUACUGGUCUGUGAUGGGGUCGAACAAGGAACCAGAUCUUGUGCAUCUCGAGGCCAGAACUGUGGAUGGUCAUUCACAAUACCUAACCUGCCGAAUGCAGAACUGCACAGAGACCAGCAGAAACAAACCAUUCCCAGGCUACAUUGACCCAGACUCUUUGAUUGUCCAGGAUGAUUAUGUGUUUGUUCAGCUGACAUCAGGAGGACGGCCACACUACUACGUUUCCUACCGAAGGAAUGCGUUUGCCCAAAUGAAGCUGCCCAAAUAUGCUUUGCCCAAGGACAUGCAUGUCAUCAGCACUGAUGAGAACCAAGUGUUCGCAGCGGUCCAAGAAUGGAACCAAAACGACACAUACAACCUCUACAUCUCAGACACCCGUGGUGUCUACUUCACUCUGGCCUUGGAGAAUGUCCAGAGCAGCAGAGGCCCUGAGGGCAACGUCAUGAUCGACCUCUAUGAGGUAGCAGGGAUAAAGGGAAUGUUCUUGGCUAACAAGAAGAUUGACAACCAAGUGAAGACUUUCAUCACGUACAACAAAGGCAGAGACUGGCAUUUGCUGCAGGCCCCGGACACGGACCUAAGGGGAGACCCUGUGCACUGCUUGCUGCCCUAUUGCUCACUACACCUUCACCUUAAGGUCUCUGAGAAUCCCUACACAUCAGGGAUCAUUGCCAGCCGAGACACAGCUCCCAGCAUCAUAGUGGCUUCAGGUAACAUAGGUUCUGAGUUGUCAGACAGCGACAUCAGCAUGUUUGUCUCUUCAGAUGCAGGGAACACUUGGAGGCAGAUCUUUGAAGAAGAGCACAGUGUUUUGUAUCUGGAUCAAGGUGGAGUCCUGGUUGCUAUGAAGCAUACGUCUCUCCCGAUUCGACAUCUCUGGUUAAGUUUUGAUGAAGGGAGAUCUUGGAGCAAAUACAGUUUCACAUCUAUUCCACUUUUUGUGGAUGGAGUUCUGGGUGAGCCCGGGGAAGAGACUCUAAUCAUGACAGUGUUUGGACACUUCAGCCACCGCUCUGAAUGGCAGCUGGUCAAAGUAGACUACAAGUCCAUUUUCGAUAGACGCUGUGCUGAGGAGGACUACAGACCCUGGCAGCUGCACAGCCAGGGGGAAGCAUGCAUCAUGGGAGCGAAAAGGAUAUAUAAGAAGAGAAAAUCAGAGCGGAAAUGUAUGCAAGGGAAAUAUGCAGGAGCUAUGGAGUCUGAACCCUGUGUCUGCACAGAGGCUGAUUUUGACUGUGACUAUGGUUAUGAGCGACACAGCAAUGGUCAGUGCCUGCCAGCCUUUUGGUUCAAUCCAUCUUCUCUGUCGAAGGACUGCAGCUUGGGACAGAGUUACCUCAAUAGUACUGGGUAUAGAAAGGUGGUUUCCAAUAACUGCACUGAUGGGGUGAGAGAACAGUACACGGCCAAACCACAGAAGUGCCCAGGGAAGGCCCCGCGGGGGCUCCGGAUUGUCACCGCUGAUGGAAAGCUGACAGCGGAACAAGGGCACAAUGUUACUCUCGUGGUGCAGCUGGAAGAGGGUGACGUCCAGAGGACAUUCAUCCAAGUGGACUUCGGGGAUGGCAUCGCUGUGUCUUAUGUUAACCUCAGCUCCAUGGAAGAUGGGAUCAAACACGUCUAUCACAAUGUGGGCAUUUUCCGAGUGACCGUGCAGGUGGACAACAGUCUGGGGUCUGACAGCGCCGUCCUGUACUUACAUGUAACUUGUCCCCUGGAGCAUGUACACCUGUCUCUUCCCUUCGUCACCACGAAGAACAAAGAGGUCAACGCGACUGCUGUGCUGUGGCCCAGCCAAGUGGGCACGCUCACUUACGUGUGGUGGUACGGAAACAACACCGAGCCCCUGAUCACCUUGGAGGGAAGCAUAUCAUUCAAGUUUACUUCCGAAGGGAUGAACACCAUCACAGUGCAAGUCUCAGCUGGGAAUGCCAUCCUGCAGGACACGAAGACCAUCGCAGUAUACGAGGAAUUCCGAUCUCUUCGCCUGUCCUUUUCUCCAAACCUGGACGACUACAACCCGGACAUCCCUGAGUGGAGGAGAGACAUCAGCCGAGUCAUCAAAAAGUCCCUGGUGGCGGCCACCGGGGUUCCGGGCCAGCACAUCUUGGUGGCGGUGCUCCCUGGCUUACCCACCGCUGCCGAGCUCUUUGUCUUGCCCUAUCAGGAUCCCACAGGAGAAAACAAAAGGUCAGCCGAGGACCUGGAGCAGAUAUCGGAACUGCUGAUUCACAAGCUCAACCUGAACUCUGUGCACUUUGAGCUGAAGCCUGGAGUCCAAGUCCUUGUUCACGCGGCUCACUUAACAGCAGCCCCGCUGGUGGACCUCACUCCAAGCCACAGUGGCUCCGCCAUGCUCAUGCUGCUGUCCGUGGUGUUUGUGGGGCUGGCGGUGUUCGUCAUCUACAAGUUCAAAAGGAAGAUCCCGGGGAUUAAUGUUUAUGCCCAGAUGCAGAAUGAGAAAGAACGAGAGAUGGUCAGUCAAGUCAGUCACCCUGAAAGCAGGCCCCAUAUCCCUCAGACUGAACUCAGGCGGCCUGGCCAGCUGAUAGAUGAGAAGGUGGAGUCCCAGCUCAUAGGAGAGUAGCUUUACCCUCCCCUUCCUCCCCUUCUACUCAACCUGGUGACUCAUCUCUCCGGUUGCAAAGAGCAAGACACGCCACUCCACCUUCAACGCCAAAGCGGGGAUCUGCUGGGGCUCAAUUUGCCAUUUAAGGAAAACCCCCAAAGGCUACAGGCGACCUGCUGAUCAGGAAAGAAUUUCGCUCUUGUCAAGUGCAUCCUUCUCCAUGACCACUAACUUUGUGUUUUUUUUCUUUGUUGUUCUGUUUCCUAUUUUGCCAGGAAGUAUUUCCAUAGUUGCUGAGAAUCAAAGCACAAAAGAAAUCCCUACCUAUGUAAAUGUUUGACUGGAGGACGCCAGUAAAAACAAAAACAAACAUAAAAUAAAAACAAUCAAAAUCUAAACAAACAAACAAACAAACACUCACUGCAUCGGGACUUUUUAAUUCUUCAGACACAGACAACAAGGGUUUUUAGCUUUAAGCCUGUGCAUGUGGACAGUACCUUGAGAACAUGCUUGGAGGGGCAGUGUACAGGUGCUCUAUUUUAAUGGAAAAAACACUCCCCUUCCCCUUUCUUCUCCUCUCUCUUUUUUCUGAUUGGUUGUGUUUGUAGAAAAUUCCUAACAUAUAUAGGCCAAGGAAAUCUGCAUGUAUUUUUGGAAAUAUUCUUGGCUGUAGAUUUAACAGCUAUUUUAGCACUACAGGCUGAUGGGUGGAUUAGCCACCCCAGCCGUUUUCACGAGACACAAAGACAUGAACAGGAGUUUGAAACCCUGGGCUGUUUCUCUGUUCCACUUUACUUGUUGCCAUUUUUCCCUUCUAAGUUAUCUUCGGGAGCUCUGCUGGCCGGCAGGGGCCACAGGUUGCCUUCUCCAUUCUGUACGGCCACAGGGACAAAGAAGCAAGUUCAAGUUCCAUGGAUGCAGGCAGAAUAGGGAAGGAAGGAAGGCAGUCGGGCAGGAGUGUCAAAAGUGGACCUGUGUUUCCUGUUCCCCCCUCCCCAUCACGACAGCUUCCCCCUGUAGCUUUCCCUACUCCUGCCCUGUGUAGAAAACAGAAUCCCAGUUCCCCGCAUUCUUACCUUCCCAUUUGUUUGCUCUCCACGUGUGGUCAUGAUCUGUCAAGGUCUUUGUGUCUCUCCCUUCCCGUCCCCAAGUUAUCCUUCAACUGCUCCUGCCUUUUCUUCCCAAACAUGUUGCUAGAUUCUGGACAUUCAUCGUGAUGUUCCUUAAAUACUGGCCUCGCCUCUGGCAACCCUGCCUCCACCACCCAAAGCUAAUGAUCUCUCUGUCAACUUUGCCCACACCCAUGCAUGCAGCCUUCAUACACGCUGACCCAGCGGCAUCCUGCCCUGCAGGGUUCAGCUUCAUGUAUUUU